AUGACAAUGCCCCUGUUGUUCUCUGAAGGGCUGAUUCUUAUAAAUAGUUCUUCUUGGGAUCGAUUUUUUCCCCUUCAUCUUUCAUCUCUUCCAUCAAGUUUUUUCUGCAAGAAGCUGCAAGAGCUUUCUGGUCAAACUCAUUCUCCACAUACGCCACAAGUUCGACUUUCUCUAUCUCCACCAAACCUUACUCAAAGAUCCACACUUGAAACCAAAGAGGUCAAGAGCCCUGGUUCCUUAUCACCACUGGCCCUCUGGCUUUUCUUUGAGGAGUUUCAUCUUCUCCUUUUCCGUGCCGUUCCAGAAAAGAUGAGGAUUAAACCUUACUAUUGGUUUCAUUUGAAUUUGGCUGCUUCUGAUACAAUAUAUUUUAUUAGAAUUAAAAGAAUUCCCAAGGAACCGAGAAUAGGUUUUGAAUCUUAUCAUUUUUUAGGAAUGGAGGAAUCAAUCAACCGUAUUUCAACAGUAACUUCUGAUCAAGUCACCAUCUUUUUAUUCCAUUUAGGUGCGCGAUUUGGAUGGGUACCAAUCAAGAUUCGUUUAUCAUAG